GCUCAGUUUUCUUUCUUUGCCCUCUCUGUCUCUCUCCCUUCCCCUUUCUCGCUCCUUUUCUUAGAUUUGCAAUCACCAUCAUGGAAGCACCGUCACAGCCCAAUCCGAUCGUCUUUAUGGAUGUCGCGAUCGGCGGCCAGGACGUCGGUCGAAUGAAGUUUGAGCUGUUUGCCGACACAGUGCCCAGGACAGCCGAGAACUUCCGGCAAUUUUGCACUGGCGAGUUCAGGCCAAAGUCAAUCCCAGUCGGGUACAAGAACGCUCGGUUUCACCGCAUUAUUAAGGAUUUCAUGAUCCAAGGAGGCGAUUUCAUCUCGCAUGAUGGCAAGGGCUCCCUUUCGAUUUACGGCGAGAAUUUCAACGAUGAGAACUUUAUCCACAAGCACACUGGUCCUGGAUUGCUGUCCAUGGCCAACUCGGGUACCAACACCAACGGAUGCCAGUUUUUCGUGACUUGCGCACCUGCACCCUUCCUCGAUGACAAGCACGUUGUCUUUGGCAAAUUGAUAGACGGAUGGGUCGUAAUGCGCAAGAUUGAGAACGUGCCGACCGACCCCGGCAAUCGACCAAAGCUGAAUGUGAUUAUUACUCAGUGCGGUGAAAUGUGACUUGUUCCCGCCAUCUCAAUAACAUAGCAUCACAUACAGUACCC